GGGUCACCUCGACCGGGGUGGCACUGGCACUCGCAUGUGGCCGCAUUAAAUGCGGUGGUUGGAUGUGACGUUUGUACUUGGUACGGUGAUCCAGGCGCAUGUGAAGAGGAUAUUCUGUCGAGGUGGAUGCCUUCGGCUGAAGGGUGCGGGGCCGAAGGCUCUUCUAACCGAGGGCUCCUACCUGCCGAGGGCUGCAGGUGCCGAAGGCUUGGUUUUCAAGCCUUGUUCUCCUGUGAUGCCUCUUCUAACUGAGGGCUCCUACCUGCCGAGGGCUACAGGUGCCGAAGGCUUGGUUUUCAAGCCUUGUUCUCCUGUGAUGCCUCUUCUAACCGAGGGCUCCUACCUGCCGAGGGCUGCAGUUGCCGAAGGCUUGGUUUUCAAGCCUUGUUCUCCUGUGAUGUUUCUGAGCUCGAUUCCGUCACUGGUAGCCUUCGGCCAUAGGGCCGAAGGCACCCCUUUGCGUAUUGUGGGCUGCUCAGAGCUCCAUUUUGCUGGGCUUGGCCCGUUUGGGCCUGUUGGGCCUGAUUGUGGUAGAGGAAGUAUGUGGGCCGGGGGUCCCUGGGCCAUAUACUCCAUCAGUUACCAUUCAUUUACUUUUUUCUUACUCAACCACAACCAUACAUUUCUA